GAUAGCGCUUUGCUGCCUGAGGUCUCCGAGCGGCUCGCCAUGGCUGGCCCGCAGCAGCAGCCCCCUUACCUGCAUCUAGCCGAGCUGACGGCGUCCCAGUUCCUGGAAAUCUGGAAGCACUUCGAUGCAGACGGAAAUGGGUAUAUUGAAGGCAAAGAGCUAGAAAACUUUUUCCAAGAGCUGGAGAAGGCGAGGAAAGGCUCUGGCAUGAUAUCAAAGAGUGACAACUUCGGGGAAAAGAUGAAGGAGUUCAUGCAGAAGUAUGAUAAGAACUCAGACGGGAAAAUCGAGAUGGCUGAGCUGGCACAGAUCCUGCCCACCGAGGAGAACUUCCUUCUGUGCUUCAGGCAGCAUGUGGGCUCCAGCUCCGAGUUCAUGGAGGCCUGGCGGAAAUACGACACAGACCGAAGCGGCUAUAUUGAAGCCAACGAGCUCAAGGGGUUCCUGUCCGACCUGCUGAAGAAGGCAAACCGGCCUCACGAUGAGCCCAAGCUCCAAGAGUACACCCAGACCAUCCUGCGGAUGUUUGAUUUGAACGGGGAUGGCAAGCUGGGCCUCUCAGAGAUGUCCCGACUCUUGCCAGUUCAGGAAAACUUCCUGCUUAAAUUUCAGGGCAUGAAGCUCACCUCAGAGGAAUUCAAUGCCAUCUUCACGUUCUACGACAAGGACGGAAGUGGCUACAUUGAUGAGAACGAGCUGGACGCCCUCCUGAAGGAUCUGUAUGAGAAGAAUAAGAAGGAAAUGAACAUCCAGCAGCUCACCAGCUACAGGAAGAGUGUCAUGUCCUUGGCUGAGGCAGGGAAACUCUACCGCAAGGACCUGGAGAUCGUCCUUUGCAGCGAGCCCCCCAUGUAAAAGGGGGCAAGGGGCUGCUUCUCCACCGCCCCCAAAGCUUGCCCCUGCUGCCCUGCCACCUCCACCCAGACCUGGAGAUCGCCAGCCCCUGCUAAACCCCUGCAACCUGCACACACCAGCCUGCAGAAUGGGAAGGAGAAACGGAGGGUGGGCCGCUGACCACCUGGAGCCACUCUGCAGGACCCUGAGCGGCCCAGCUGUCCGUGGGGGCAUCCCACGCGGAAGGCGGGUGGGGGCGUGGGUGGGCUCCACUUCUCCUCCCUGCGAUGCAUGAGCUCACCCGCUGUACGAUUUAGGCUUCUGUGUCUGACCGGGUGGCCCCUCCCCUCUGCCCAGCCCCGCCGGCAGUAGCUGUCCGCUCAGAUUCUGGUCUGCCAAGGCGCGGCCCUUGCCCUGUCCAGCCUCCACGUGCUCUUCUUCUCUGUGGGUUUCUCUCUCGUCUUCUUGUUUACCAAAGAAGAGUUUAUAGACAAUAAA